AUGCGUCGGUCGCGUACAGUCGAUGUCAGUCGUUUGGUUGGUUGCAUGUCGCGUCGCGUCGCGUUUGGGCACGUUGCCGUCGCGUCUCUUGUGUCGCUCUCUGGUGUCUGGGCAUUUUCGCGUCCAUACGCGGCAAGCACGUCGUGUGAAUGCCGCGUCAACGAGGCCGAGGGGAAUAUCGACGAGGGAGGCUGGGCGGGAAUGGGGGUCAGGACCAAAAAGAUUUCAAAAGCUGUUUGGCAACUGUUGCAAUGCUUUGGCUUAUUUGGACAUCAUCACGUCAAUCACGGUGACGGCUGA